AGAAGUGCAGGAAAAUUUGAAUUUAAAAUUACAGUUUUCGAACAACGUACGUGGUCCAAUAUAUACUGGGAUCCCCAUAGGAGAUCAAGAGGGCUCCCCCUUAGAUCUACAUUUAAUUGACUGCAGUACUAAAAAUAUUGUGAAUCCUGGGCCAGAAGCAUCAACAGAAGUGGAAAUAGUUGUCCUUGAGAAAGAUUUUACAAGGUAUGGUGGCGAAAAAUCGCUGAUUCGUGGAAAUCCUCAAGUCAGCUUGAAAAAUGGGAGUGUUUCUGUAAGUCAUAUUUCAUUCAAACAUACUAGAAAUGCUAUGAGAAACCGUGAAUUGAGACUAGGUGCAUUAAGAGUUGGGACCAGAAUCGUGGAAGCAACCACUGAACCAUUCUUUGUCAAGGAUCGUCGUAACAUAAGCAAGAGAUUGAAGCCCCUAUUUCUUCAUGAUGAAGUUUGGAAACUGGAAACAAUUGGCAAAGAUGGUCCUUUCCAUGAACGUUUGGAGAAGGAAAACAUUAAAACAGUCAACGACUUCUUAACUCACUACUUUUUGAACCGUGAAAACCUACUCAAAAUCCUUGGCAGGCAUAUGAACGUGAAGAAACUGGAUGCAGCAGUAAAUCAGGCAAAGAAUAAACUUGACUUGAAAAGAUAUGUGUAUCCCCACGAAAAUCCACUAGUGAUAUUUACUGAUGUGGGAGAAUUGAUUGGAGUACGACUCUAUGAAGGGGGUCUGUUCUUCUCUGUCGAACAGCUCACUGAUCAAACUCAAAAGGCUAUUGCAAUGAAAAUGGUAAAAACAGCCUUUCAAGAUGGCCACCAGAAUUUCAAGGUUUUAUUGGAUGACGAUAGUUUUAAUAAUGGAUUCACUUCUGAGGCAUGUAAUUAUGUAACUGACACACAGUGGCUGCAACCAGUGCCUAAUUAUGUUGCUAAUUGCAUGCCAAGCACAAGUUUGAUAGUGAAUAAUUACGACAUUAUAAGCCAAAUCAAUAGCUUAUCAGCAACUUCUACUGGUGAAUUACCACAUCAAUUUUAUCCAGAUGACGACUUCAUCAUCUACCAAGAUCUUCCCCCAAUCAUCUGA